AAAAAUUUUGGCCCCAAGCCCACGUAUUCGUUCUCAUUCGCCAUUUUCGUCUCUCAAAUCCCAUCUCUUUCUCCAUUUCUCUCACGCCGAGCUCUUCGCUCAAAAUCUUCAAGACCCAGUUCUUCUUUUUACUCCUCCACCCCAUAAAUUCAAUCCCUCCAUUUCAAUUUUCUCCCCUUUCCUCUACUUCUAACCAAAUUCCCAACACUAUCGCAGCUCAAUUACACAAUCCCUAGUUUCCAUUUCCAACCCUUUCUUUUGCAAAAUGGAUUCCUCUACUCUCUGUGCUUAGUCGAACAAGACCCACCUCUGAUUUCACGUUUCUUCCAACCCCUUUUUAUCGCAAUCUGUGUUGGGGGUGGGAUUUGAUCUGAAUUGAUGAUUCUUUUCGAAGAGGAAAGUGGUAUUUCUUCAAGAAUCAAGCAAAAUGAAGGGAUAUGCAUGGGUCUGGAGGUGAGAGGUGGAAACAGAGGCGGCACAUGUGGCCGGUCCAUUCUAAUUCGACAGCUGUAGAUUGCGAAUUAUCCGCUCCAGAUUUCUUUCUCAAAGAUGGGCGUAAAAUCCAAGUUGGUGAUUGUGCUCUUUUUAAGCCACCUCUAGAUUCUCCUCCUUUUAUUGGAAUUAUACGUUCACUUAAGUCGGACAAGGAGGCUAAUUUAAGGUUAGAUGUGAAUUGGCUUUACCGGCCUGCUGAUGUAAAACUUCCCAAAGGAAUAUCGUUAGAUGCUGCACCAAAUGAGAUCUUCUACUCAUUUCAUAAAGAUGAGAUUCCUGCCGCAUCAUUGCUCCAUCCAUGUAAAGUUGCAUUCCUCCGCAAAGGUGUUGAACUUCCAUCGAGCAUUUCCUCAUUUGUGUGCAGAAGAGUGUAUGAUACUGAUAACAAGUGUUUAUGGUGGUUAACUGAUAGAGAUUAUAUUAAUGAACGUCAAGAAGAAGUAGAUCAACUAUUAGAAAAGACAAGGCUAGAAAUGCAUGGGGUGAUGCAGUCUGGAGGCCGUUCACCAAAGCCCUUGAAUGGUUCAGUUCCAGUUGUGCAGCCAAAAUCUGGUUCAGAAAGUGUACCAAAUAGUUCCCUUCUCACUUCACACAUUAAAAGCAAGAAAAGGGAACGGGGUGAUCAGGGGUCUGAACCCACUAAGAGAGAGCGGUUACUUAAAGCAGAAGAUGGGGAAUUUAGUCAGUUUAGAUCAGAAAGUAUGCUAAAGAAUGAGAUUACAAAAAUUACUGAUAAAGGAGGACUUAUUGACUUUGAGGGGGUUGAAAAAUUUGUCAAACUUAUGCAACCUAAUAGUUCUGGUAAGAAAAUAGAUUUGGCUGACCGAAUGAUGCUUGCCGAUGUUAUAGCAGUCACUGAUAGGUUUGAUUGUCUAGAAUGGUUUUUGCAGCUCAGGGGUUUGCCUGUACUAGAUGAAUGGCUUCAAGAAGUUCAUAAGGGCAAAAUUUGUGAUGCCAAUGGCACAAAAGGAAGUGAUAAAACUGUCGAGGAUUUUCUUUUGGCUCUACUUCGUGCUCUGGAUAAACUUCCCGUGAAUCUCGAUGCUCUUCAGACUUGUUACGUUGGCAAGUCUGUGAAUCAUUUACGUACACAUAAGAAUUCUGAAAUUCAGAAGAAAGCAAGGAUUUUGGUAGAUACUUGGAAGAAACGUGUGGAAGCUGAGAUGGAUGUUAAUGAUGCGAAGUCUGAAUCAAGUCGUGGUGUCUCAUGGCCUUCUAAAUGCGAGCCUUUGGAAGUUUCUCAAGUAGGGAGCAGAAAGGCUGGGGGAUCUGGUGAUGAUGGUUUAAAAAGCUCUACACAUUCUAACAUGUUUAAACAUUCUCAACCUAAGUUCAGUCCCACUGAAAUGGUUGUAAAAUCAUCUGUAUCGUUGAGCACCAUAAAGGUUUCUUCAACCAUGGGUGUGUCAUCAAAGGAUUAUAACUUCAAAACACUAGCUGGAAACUCAGAUCUUCCCUUGACUCCAAUUAAGGAGGAAAGGAGCAGCAGUUCCAGUCAGUCCCAAAACAACAGUCAAUCAAGUGAUCAUGCAAAAACUGUGGCAUCUUCAUGCAAAGAAGACACUAGGAGCUCAAAUUCUGGUUCAGGAAGCGUUAGCAAAGUUUCUAGUGGCGCUUCUCUUCAUCGGAAAUCGAGCAAUGGUAUUCAUUUGAAUACUCUCACAGGAACACAGAAGGCAUCUGGUUCUGGAAAACAUAAUGCCGUAAGUAAGGUCUUGACUACUGACAAGGCCUCUACUACAUCACGUGAGAAAUCUCCAGACGCCUCUCUUGUUGAACAUGGGUAUAGUCGAUUUGUUGUAAAGUUACCAAAUACCUGUAGGAAUCCUACAGGGACUUCUAGGGCUGUCACCGAAGAUCAAGUUGUUUCAUGUCACAAAGGAUCUCUUCAUGAUGAGGCUGGUGAUAACCAUGAUAAGAAAGCUAAUGACAGAUGUGAAUUGCUUGGGGCUAAUUUUGGAACUGAACCAAACUCAAACCAAUGCCAUAAGAAAGAUCAAUUUUUCAUCUCAGAGGGCAAAGAGAUAGCUGCCUGCGAUGAACAAUCCAGACUUGCCGAAGCCAAUGAACUGGAAUCUGAAACUAUUGCCUCAUCGACUGGAAUUAUAUCUAGGCCUGGAAAAACUUAUGAUGCUUCUCUAAGCUCCAUAAAUGCGUUGAUUGAAAGCUGCGCUAAAUUUUCUGAGACUAAUACAGCAUCAUCACCAGGGGAUGCUGUAGGGAUGAAUCUUCUUGCUAGCGUGGCUACUGGCGAAAUAUCUAAAUCUAAUGAUGCAUCUCCAUUGGAUUCUCCCCAGGAACGAUCACCUUUGGCAGAGGAAUCUUCUGCUGCCAAUGAUGGACAAUUGAAAAUUUUGCCUGAAGGAAUAGCUAAGCAUAAAUGCGAUGAAGCUGAUGCUAAUGGCGAGUCUACGGACUGCACAUCUUCUGAGCCUCUUGGCAGCAAUAAUAUGUUGCAGGAUAGAAAUGUGACCUCAGCUGACUACUCCAGAGAUGGAAGAGGUACUGCAUUGGGCACUUCAAGGGACUGUAUUACGCCAUCAAAUGUGCAGCAACACAUGGAAAAGGCACCUUUGAAGUCUGAUAUAAAACCUGAUGCUGAAGCAUGCGAUGCCUCUGUAGCUGUCUGUUCUUCAUAUGGUGCAGAAGAAGGUGAUACAGAGAUCGAGGAAAAAGUGGAGGGUGAUAGCUUACCCAGCUCCUUAAUGGAAGAGGUUUCCCAACUCCAUGAAAAUGAAAAAAUCGAUCAAACUGAUGAGAGAGCGGAAGAAAAUGGAGUGGUUUUGAAAUCAGAAGUUACUGCCACAACACUUGAAGUGGAAAAGCAAGUGGAUGAAAAGACAUCUUGUUUAUCUUCACAGUUGAGUGGCAGCACUAUUCAGACUCGUGGGGAUUUAACUAAAGGCUGUCGAGUUGAAGAGAAACUGUCAUCUACACCUGAGAUUCAUGCUGAUUCUCGGGAGGAAAAGGUUGAGAUUGCUGUGGUACUUCCUGAAGGCAAUCCUUUGGAUGCAGAAUUCGAGGAUAAAAAAGAAGAUAUUGUGAAUUCAGAAGUUCAUGUUAAUCAGAUCGGGAAUCAAACACCGAUUCUCGGUCCUCCUAUGUCCGAUCAGAAAGAUGAUUGUGCUGCGCAGGAUUUGGGAAAAACAGACAACAUCAAUAAUUGUUGUGGUGCGGUUUCUAUGCACUCGGAAUCUCCCGCCAUCAUACCCUUGCCAGAAAGUGAUCAGGGUGAAAAAUUAAGUACAAAUACUCCCGAGUUAAUUGGAACCAAAGACCACUUCACCAGUGCAAAUCCUUCACUUUCUGCUGCAAGGUCAGAUACAGUGGUAAAGCUGGACUUCGAUUUAAAUGAAGGUUGUGUUGACGAUGGGAUACCUGAGGAGACCAAUGGAAAUUCAUCUGCUGUUCAGAUGCCUAUUCUCCCACCCUUUCCCAUCCCUUCAGUAUCAGAAAGUUUCCCCAUUUCAAUUACUGUUGCUUCUGCAGCAAAAGGAUCAGUUGUUCCACCAGAAAACUCCCUAGCAAACAAAGUUGAACUUGGAUGGAAGGGUUCAGCUGCUACAAGUGCUUUUCGUCGUGCAGAACCACGAAAAAAUCUUGAAAUGCCACUCAGUUUGAGUGAUGCAUCUCUUGUUACCACCACUAGCAAGGAGGGGCGCCCACCCUUGGACUUUGACCUGAAUGUGCCAGACCAGAGACUCCUAGAAGAAGUUUCUUUGUCCAAUGUGCCGCUGAAAGCAAGUCUUGAAUCAGGACCACGUGAUCGAGGUGGUGGACUUGAUCUCGAUUUGAAUAAAGUUGAUGAAAGUAAUGAUAUGGGCCCAUGUUCUGUGAGCAAGAGUAGGUUGGAACUCCCCAUGUCAAAUAGGCCAUACGUUCCUGGUGGAUUAGGCAAUGGUGGAUUCAGUGUCUCCAGAAACUUCGAUUUGAACAAUGGACCAUCCCUUGAUGAAAUGGGGGCUGAAACAGUACCUCCUAGUCAGCAGAAUAAAAGUUACAUGGCAUUUCCAUCACUUCUCCCUGGGAUGAAGGUGAACUCCGGAGAAAUUGGGAACUUCUAUUCUUGGUAUCCUCAGGGGAAUUCGUAUUCGGCAGUAACAACAAUCCCAUCAGUUUUGCCAGGUAGAGGAGAACAAAAUUAUGUUCCUGCUGCUGUUUCUCAGAGAGUAUUUGCUCCCCCGGCUGGCACCGGCUUUGCUGCUGAACUUUAUCGGGCACCAGUAUUUUCUUCCUCUCCUGCUUUGGCAUUUCCACCUACUAACUCCUUUAGUUAUUCUAGGUUCCCUUUUGAAACCAGUUUUCCUCUACAAUCAAACACUUUUUCAGGUUGUUCAACGUCUGACAUGGAAUCAUCCUCUGGUUGUUCGCUCGGAUUCCCUACCAUAACUUCUCAUUUAUUAGGACCUGCUGGGGUAGUCCCUACUCCUUAUCCAAGGCCCUUCAUUAUGAGCUAUCCAAGUGGCAGUGGUACUGUUGGUCCUGAGAUUGGAAAAUGGGGAAGCCAGGGUUUGGAUCUUAAUGCCGGUCAUGGGAUUAUAGAUAAAGAAAGAAUUGAUGAGAAGUUGCCUUUAGCCUUGAGACAACUUUCAGUCCCCAGUCCGCAAACUUUUGCCGAUGAGCAGCUAAAGAUGUUUCAGAUAGGUAGCCACAAGAGAAAAGAACCCGACAGUGGCUUAGAUGCUGCUGACAGGCUAAACUACAAGCAACAAUGAGUGAGGGUGGUAGCAUUUCAUCGUGGUCACGGUCACAAGCCAAAAAAUUAGAAACCGAGAAAAAGAACACAGUAUAGAUGCAUCGUCGAGCAAAUAAUCAAGGACUGUUUAUGACGGGGCUCGUGUUCCCUUUCAAAUGUUGUAGCGACAUCACGGGUUUUCAGGCAGCCGUUUUUCCCCCCUCUGCUGGACACAUUUUGACAGAUUUGUUUCACUCAAGCAGACAAGGUUUCAUUUGUAAAUAUCUAACUUAAUAGAAGCAUAAGGAAGUUGCUAUCUAGAAACCUGAUGAAUGGUGUCCUCCGACAUGUGGUCGAUUUCCAUCCAUUCAGGUACGCUUUCGAGCCAAUCCUUUCUCUCAAUCCUUUGGAAACAGAACUGAAUGUAAUGACUUUUCGAGUUGUGGCCGUCUUUCUCAACGAUGCUCAGCUGUGUUUUCCCUUACAUAUGUAGCCAUUACUUCAUUCUUACUGUUAGGUUCUUUUUUAUUGAUAGUAAUACACAGGCCCCGCCCCCUUUCUCUCA